AUGCUCAAUUCUCAGGAGAAUCGUUUAAAGGCUGCUAUCGAGCAGAUUAAGCAACAACAUGAAGAACGUUUGAAGAAUCAUGCUCAUAAUUUUGAGUAUGAGGUUACAAAAAUUCGUGUUUUUGCAAUAAAAAGUCAUGAGUUUUUUGUUGAGCAAGUUAAGAAGGUUGAAGACUCCAUAAACCUCAAAGUUGCUGAGCUAAAGCCAGAAAUGACGAAGAAGGUUGAAAAUCUUGAGAGCAAUUACUCCCUUCUUCAUGGAAAAGUGGAUGUCAUUGCUGAUUCGAUCACCAAGCUUGUGGAGUAUCACACUUCGUUCUCAACCAAGUUUGAUGCCAAGUUAGAUCAAGAUUCUAAAGUGUUUAGAAAGCUGGAAGAGUUUUUGGGAAGCUUAAAAGAGUCUAUGUCGAAGAUUAAUCUUUCUAAAAAAUCUUUUGUCUCUUAG